AUGAUUUUGCAUUUCCGGGGAGAGACCUGUAUGUAAACAAUACAGAACUCUCCCCUGUCUGCUCCUUCACACUGCUUUGUAUGGCUCUGCAUAGCAACAUGCUUACACAGUAAAGCACACACAGCACACAGUUAACCCUUUGAUCUGCCCAGAUGUUAACCCCUUCCUGUCCAGUGCCAUUAGUACAGUGUCAGUGCUUUUUAUUAGCACUGAUCACUGUAUUGGUGUCACUGGGGAUGUCAGUGACAGUUAGGCAGUUCCCCCCUCAGUGUCAGAAUGCCCGCCACAGUCCCGCUAUAAGUCGCUGAUCACCGCCAUUA